CUCUCGGGCACCGGCAGGGCCUUGUGCCAGCGGAGAGGUUUGCCGGAUGUGCUGGUACACGCCCAUGCCAAUGACGAAGAGGAGCGUGGUGACGGAGGUCCUGGUAAAGAGCAAUGGCCUGGGCCUUGAGGUGGACAACAAGAGAUUUGUUAUGAAUAUUAACGGCUACAUGAAGGAAACUGAGACCGGUUUACAAUCUUCCCUAGGAGAGAAGGUUACAUCACUGGGGGAGAUGAUCUCACUGGACAGCCGGUCCCGUCCCAUUUGGUCCACCGUCAAUCAAGCCCCUGUGCUGAUCCUCGGGGGAUUCCAAGGUUACAAAAUCAUUCUGGUUUCAGACUCGGAGUUUGCGGAUUUCACUGCUGUGGAGGUGGGGAUCGACAGCUGCUGGAUCGGGUCCGUGAACUGCCCCCUGGACUCGUUCUCCUCCUCCAUUUUCGAUGCCAUCGCUACAGAAAGCGUGCUCCUUCUCCGCCAGAACCAGCUGGUCUAUUACUUCACUGGGAACUAUUCAGUCCUUUCUCUUCCUGUGCCGGGAUCCGGCCUCUGGACUCGUGUGCUGAACAACAUCUGCGUGUCCCGGUUAAACCCUGUGCCCUUCCCUCACAACGGCUCCGAGUUCGUGAUUGCUCUUGGAGGGGGCGUGCAAGAAGGAGAAUUCUUCCUUGGCACCAUUCGCGAUGGAGCCGUUCGGUUUCCCGAAUCACACGCCAAGGGGAGGAAGACAGUGUGUGAACAUUUGAACAUUUCUUGCGCGAUCCUCUGGGCUGUCUACAUCACGGAAAAGGAGGUGAUUGUGCUGCUGGUGGAAGGGAAGAAAAAGAGCAGCAAGUCCGAUUACUACAUCAUGGCCUACGAUCAAGCCGAUGGAGAUUUCUGGACGUUGUACUCCAUCCCUCGCUUCAUACCCAAAGACACUGAGAAAGGGUUUGUGAUGUUGCUGGGCCUGGAAGAAUACACGGAUUACCUGCUGAUCCCCAGGGGGCUCUCCUACAACCCAUUCAGCACAAUCUUCUACAUCUGGGGCAAUGUUAUUUUACAAAGCUACGACCUGCUUAAUUACAUUCAGCUCUCUGACUUCCCCCAACGAUCCCCCAUCAGCUACUUCAUUCUGUCGUAUGUAGGGGAAUUCGUGUGUGUGACAGUCUCGGAGGAGAGGUGGCUGCAUCUCGGCAGCGGGGAUGUAGCAGCUCCUUGGGAAAGUCCCCGCCAGCGGCACCUUCCGAGGCGUCUCCCUUCGCCCGCUCUUCACAUCUGGCUCCAUCUGGCUUUCCAGAUCUGGUUUUCUGUGGAAGGCAGCUCGGUCGUCGUUCGGCUCUACCCCUCCGAACCCUGGGACACGUACUUCAGCCUCCAGCUAAUGAGAGGCUCGAAGGACUUCAGCUUCAACGAGACCUUUGUGAGCCUCUUCUUUAACAAGGAGGGGCUGCAGCAGCUGGUUUACAUCCCGGAUGGACACGGGGAGGGACAGCUGAUCAGGAGGAACUUCCCUCUCCAUUAUAUAUUGUCGUACCGGCACCUCAUCAUCCAUCGGUACCAUUGGCUGUAUUUACAAGAUUCUCAGUACAUCAGGUUCUUCCGUCCUUGCUCCUUCUCGGUCAUGCGCCUCGAGGACCUCCCAGCCCCUCAGCGCUUCACCCGGAUGGAACACUAUUGCACCGAGCCGCCGGAUGUCAUGGACAGAACAGGCUUCCACAACAACGUGUCUCUGGCUGUAUACCAGGGACUGAUCUUCCAGCUGCUCUGGCUCCACGCGGACUAUAGCAGGCCUUAUGCUGACCCGGUCCAUGACCCAACUUGGCGCUGGUGGAAAAACAGAAAGCAAUACGCAGAGUAUUUCUUUUACGUAGCGAGCAAUGGCAACUCCUCCGGAGGUGUCUAUGUCAACAUGGAAGGCUACACGAAGACCUAUGACCUGCAGCCCAAUAACCAGCUGCCCAGCAAGAUUUACCUGGACAAGAAUAACGUCUAUUCUUUCUCAGUAUUCCUGAGCAUCAGAUCAAAGGCACAAAGCAUGGGGGAAAUGCCGGAAGAGAACUCUCUUGAUUUUGUGUGGCUCACCAUUGUCUUAGCGCAUCCGAAGUUUGUGGUUUCAGACCUCCACCGGCACUAUCUGAGGGGCCGGGGCUCUGUGCUGUAUUCGGUGACCAUCAGUGACACCGGCCAGUACCCGCAACAGGAGCUGAGUGGGAUGAACCUUCUGAAGAGCUCAAUGGCUUUGAAGGUUAUAAAUUCGGCAACAAAUUGUUACCACUACACAGCGUCCGGCCCAAAGCUCCAGGGCUAUGCCAUGGUGCCAAUCUUCAUUGGCUGCCCCCCGGGCAAGAGGCUGGCCUUCGACAUCACCAGAACCCUGAAGUACACCACCAAACAGAACAAGCACUACUUCGACUGCAUCCACGAGAACCCAGAGCUGCCGUGCUUCUUCUUUAACGAUGUAUUUUACCCCUUCUUCUUGAUCCAAGACAUGGUGACGGGGGACUCGGGACCUUUCAUGGGCAGCUACACGCUGAGGAUCAUUGGCGGAGGGCCGUACUCGGAGAGCAGGAUCCGCCCCUACAGCCCGAGCGAAAUCCUCGACUAUAACACGGCAAACGGCAGCACACCGCUGAGUCUGAUCUGGAUGAGGGCUAAUCGCACAAAACCUGCCCUUACGGAUCCCGAAGGCUUCAAUGUCUUCUCCGGAACCGACUGUGGGAUCAAGUGGGUCUGUGAGCAGAACUCGCCCUGUUACGAUGUGGUUCCCUUAGACCUGACUGCUCCAGAUUACUUCUUUUUGGUGGAGGUGUCUAACAGGGCUGUGGACAAGAGCACCUACUGCGACUACGACCUGGAGUUUGUGAUCCACAUUCACGGCUUGCGGCUCAGCCCCUCCCGGGCAAUCGCCUUUAUGAAGAUUUCCAUGGCCGUUCUCACCGGCAUUGUCUUCUUGUACGUCCUCCACCAAGUCCUGGGGCCCGUGAUCGGGGCCGGCUGCACCCGACUCAUCCAAAGGUUUGAGGAGUCCCUGGCUGUUCGCACAGAGUCCACCAUCACCUUCUCCGGCUCUUCCUCCAUCCAGAGCCAGGGGAGCUCCCACCACACGUCCGCCUUGUAGACCUGCAUCAGCGGCAACGGCCACCUGCCCCGGCGCAGCACGGAAGAACUGGCCCCCCAGCAUCCCAUCAUCCCCAUCGCGAGUCCCAGCCUGUAUCCAAAUGUUCCUUCCCUCUCCGCGGUCCCCGGCAGCCCACGAGCCCCCCGCUUCCUCCCCUGCUCCCUGCGUCGGGCCAGGACCUUUGUCAGCGACUUGGCUGACGAGUCCAGGCAGGCUAGACCCAAGCCGUGGUGGGCUUGCUAUUGCUCCGCUCUGGCACCGCUCUGCGGCUUGUCCUGGCCAAAGCAGGGGGGAUCAGGGCUUUCCACAGUAGCCCUGGAGCAAACGAGUCAGUCAGAACGAUAAGGACCUGAACCCACAGGGCGUUGCUCUAAACGCCUCAGCCAGGCUCAGCUCAGCGGAGGACGGCGGCCGGCCUUUCCCAGUCCAGCAGGAACAGGAGCUCCAGUUCGCUGCCCCCGGCCUUAUCCGUGAUGGUACCCAAGCUCCAGGCAUGAUCGGAAGGGCAGCGAGCGGCCGUCCGCCGCGCCAGUCUGAGCAGGAUCAGGAGCUCCCGCGCGGUGAGUGGGACCUUUGGAUACAGGAAUUCCCGUGGCGAAAUCUCUCGCUUUGCUGAACGAAUGAAAAUCUUCCCGUCUCCUUCCGGUUCCUUUUGCAUUUCGCAGCCUUUAGCAGCACGGCAAGGGGAGGCAGGUUGUUUCUGCGGGUGAGUGCAGGAGCGUUUGCUUAGCUGGUCCCUGCGCCAGGCUCCAUGGGCCUCACGUCUUAUUUCGGAUGUUCAGUAAAUGCCCUUGUUGUCUGGGAGC